AUGGCGAGACUGCCCAUCGCCCUGGCGCCCACGCGCGCCUCGUGCCUCCUUUCCACAACCACCACACAAACCACGACGACAUCCUCCCUACGCGUGCACGCCCGCCACGCCACGUUCAUCGCGCGCCCGCGCCGCCCCUACAAGUUUACGCAAAUGGUGCGCCUCUCCGACGGCUCGACCUACACCAUGCGGACCACGUCGCCCGAGCCGCUGUACCGGCCGGCCAAGGACACGCGCAACUCGCUCCUGUGGCAGCCGAGCGAGAAGGCGCUGCGCAACGUGGAGCUCGACGAGGCCGGCCGUCUGGCGGCCUUCCGUGAGCGUUUCGGCCGCGGCUUCGACGCGGCCUCGGCCGCAGGGGAGGAAGGCGGCGAGGAGAGUGCUGCGCCCGAGUCCGCGACGGCGGGUGCGUCGGGCACGGGCGAUGCGUUUGCGGAUCUGCUGGCGGGCUACGCCCCCAAGGACAGCGGCUCGAUGAAGGAGAGCGGACGGAAGAAGGCGCCUCCUGGAAAGCGCAAGUGA